GGACUUAUCCGUAUGUUCACUACCGUUUACUUUCUCUUCCUCGCCUGUCUAUUACAAAUGGAUGCCACGACAAAACUGCUCCUGUGGAUAUUGUGACAAAUCACCGUCAAUUUACCAAACAAUACACACUCUGUAAAAACUCCUGUAUCCCUUCUGGUGGAAUUAUAAUCUACAAUCUUCACACACAAGUUGUUAUUCUUUAUAAUUUGCCGAGAUUGCGAUACAAUCACAUGGUUAUACUAGCUGAGUCAGGCUCAGCAUAGUAAAUUGACGACUACCUGUCUUUACAUAUCCAGACAAGGAACGACUACGUAGCAACGUAAAUACCUUUACACUGACAGUGGACUACAUAACUUGUGUGUACUAGGCAGCAACCCAACAACGUUGAGUCACCAUGGAUCCCAGUCACGUGGAACAGCAAGAAGAGGUUCAGCCCCAAGAGGGAGAUGUCCCUGAACUAUUAGAAAAUCCGUCUAAAACAACACAUUCAGAUGAAAAUCCCGAGACUAGGCGAGUACGUGACCUCACGGAAAAAGGAAAAGGAGCUUUCACAGAAAAACGUGACAAGUUCUGUCAGGAACAAGAGGCUCUCUGGACAGACAUUGAAUCCCAGUUAUUGGAAGUUACCACGCCUCCUAACGAGCUCCAGCAACUCCUAACAGCCCAGGACAAACUCGUUAAAGCCUGUAAUAAUUAUCGUAGGCUCACAGAUGAAUUCCUGGACUUUCUGAAAAGGACCAGAACAUCGGAGAGUCAAAAAGAAAUAGAAGCAUGUAAUCUCUCAUUGGAUUUUCGUCUGUCCAAAGUGGAACUGGUUAUGGAAAAACUACACGAGCAUCGCCUCGCCCUAACAAAGGCCAAAUCCACUAAAACAAAGACCUCAAAGGGUAAGAAAACCUCACACAGCGGUAGCUCUAACGUGUCAGACAUGUCAAGCCUAGCACGGAGAAAGCGUGCGAAGGCAGAGGCUGCCAAGUCAAAAAUAGCCUUUGUCGAAAAACAUGCCCUUAUCCUACAACAGGAGGCAAUGUUAGAGGAACAAGCCCUGUUCAGACAAAUUGAAAUGGAACAGGAAGCAGCACGCAAAAAGGCUGAAAUGGAACAGGAAGCCACACGUAAAAAGGCAGAAAUGGAGCAAGAAGUCGCUCAACGUAAAGUUCAACUAGAACAGGAGGCCGCACAGAGAACAGUUCACUUAGAACAAGAGGCCAUGCGCAGGAAGGCUCAAAUGCAACAAGAAGCCGCACGAGUAAGCCGGGAAAAGACCGAGCUGAAAGCCAAAUUUAACCUUCUUGAAGCACAGAGAGAAGCUGCAGCCGCAGAAGUAGAGGCUCGUAUCCUGGAAUACGACGACAGCCAAGCAUUUAGCGAUCUCCCUGAUGAAACGGAAGACCCUCUCCAGCGUGUGAAAGAUUUCGUCAAUAAGCAUCCUGUACCAACUGCUGUACGGGAAGUAACAGGACCUCAAAAGCAAAUUCCUGUUAAGAUUGAGCUGAGUCAUGAAGCACCAGCGGACGAAAUACCGACUCCUAAAGUCACAAUGCUUCACCCUCAUUUAAAAGAACUCAGAGGUAGCAUUCCACCAAUAGAGGAAAAUUGCCAAAUUCUUCUCUUAAUUGGCAGAGACCUUAUAGAGGCACACCACCCAGAACUCCAUAUGCACAACAGUUGA